AUGGAAAUGCUGCCACAGCCAUCCGGUGGCUCUGCACGCUCUCGGCAUGGCGAGCAUUCUUCCUCCGGUGAGAGCAGCCGUGGCAAGUUUGGAAUCUCGGCCGUAAAAUACCGAGUUGGCGCGCCACCUCUUCCCCCGCUUCCGUAUAAAUACGAAUGCUACGGCGUGCCGAAGAUCCAAGAGCUUGAAGCCCGGUUUGGAGACAUCUUUGCGCGGCAGGCAGAGGCCACCUUGCAUCACCACCAGAUCACCCUCUUCCAACCGGAGGAAGAAUAUGAAGAAAUUAAUGUAGGGAUUGAUCCGGGAUUCUAUGCGGACUGCGAAAAUCAGCCCACCCUCUGCCAGCGAUCUCUGCCGGAGACAGAGGACAGCGAAAUUGUGCUUUCCAUCAUCGUCAACUGGGAGGCAGAUUCUCUACAAGCCUGGGAGGCGGCCAUCAGGGACAUCAAAAGUUUUAUCGACCAAAAGCUGGAUGAUGCCGGGCUUGAUUGUUUUGAAAUUGGAGUCGAAAUCAUGGCGCCUGAGCUAUUCAACAGUACCAAGGACUAA